AACACUGGAAGGACCAGGACAAUGUAACAUUGCUUCAGAUCAAAGCCAGUGUGACCAGCUCAUCCUAAUAAACAGCAGAUCCUGACAGAUUCACAUUGUGUCCCAAACUAACCAAUCACAGAGAGGCUGCUGUCAUGCUUGACAUUCUUUUAAACUACCCAAUCAUGAAUAAGACUUUCCUCCAUCCCUCAUUAGCAUUGCUGACGCGAUCAGGCUAUAAAAAGCGAGCUCCGAGCCUGUUUUCGCUUAUUUUGUGUCUGAAAGUGACUGUUAGUAUGGCGGAUGAGAAGAAAGCGCAGCAACCUUCCAAGAAGGGCGCCAAGAAAAUCAUCAAGAAGGCGCCGGGGAAAGCCGGCAAGAAAAGGAAACGAUCCAGGAAAGAAAGUUACUCUAUCUACAUCUACAAAGUGCUGAAGCAGGUUCACCCCGACACCGGCAUCUCCUCCAAGGCGAUGAGCAUCAUGAACUCGUUCGUCAACGAUAUUUUCGAGCGUAUCGCGGGGGAGGCUUCCCGCCUGGCCCAUUACAACAAGCGCAGGACCAUCAGCUCCCGGGAGAUCCAGACCGCGGUGCGGCUGCUGCUGCCCGGGGAGCUGGCCAAGCACGCCGUGUCGGAGGGUACAAAGGCGGUGACCAAGUACACCAGCUCCAAGUGAGACCCCACAUUGUGUAGAGAAAACACAUCCAAAACCCAACGGCUCUUUUAAGAGCCACCCACAACUUCUCUGAAACGGCUGAACCACGUUAAGUUUGCGAAAUAUUUUCGGUUUGUAUUAUUAACGUCCCUAGGCUUUACGUGUGUUGUACAAGUUUAUGGGUGGACCCUGAUCUGCCCUUUAGUUUCAGUUGCGGCCAUACCCUGUCUCGUUUCCCCGUAUCUGCAACGAGCAUAAUUAUCGCCAGUGAGUCAUAUUUUAGCAACUUCCGUUUCAUUCGCGUUCCUCUUUAACACUUGAUCACCCCGAAACAAAAUUAACUUCUAAUCCCAUGAAUAGAGUUUACAAUCUACUGUUUUUUUUCUUUUAAUAAUAUAAAACAAGAACAACUGCCGAAUUGCGAUUGUGCCUGAAGUCUGAUGAAGAGCAAUAGGGGGAGGGCAACUUCAAGCUGUUGUUUAAAGUUUGAACGCGUUCAUCCGAAAGGACGUUGUGCAAGGUUUAAUCAAUAUUCGGUGUGCACUUGAAAAAUUGAAAUUAAAAAGUUGCAGAAUGCCGUGCUUUUGUAGUUGUUUUCCUGGUUCCUAACUUCAGAAAAUUCUCAUCAAGUGCAGAAAUGGACAGAUGCGAUGAAGAAACAGUGUGUCAAGUAUUCAUUUGCAACGUCAAUGUAAUUAAGCUUAUAAACGAAAAUUUUAAUUAUUCAUUCCUCCUCCUCUUGUACACUGGAGGGUUUUUCAAACUAAUCGCGGUGGGUUCUGAACCCCGAAAUCCAACUGUGGCAACCAAAAUGAAAUGACCUCGUAUUUGAGUUCGACGAAUAGAAAUAUCUUGCGAUUUCAGUUUAAUUUCAAUUCUAAAUUUCUACGCGGGAUUUGUGAUUUUCUUUUCUCAAAAUGCAGUACGUGGGGCUUUCUGCUUUCGCUUGGAGGCUUUCAAAAUGAACCGAGAUCAAACGGAAACCUGAUCUAUCACAAUCAAUAAGGGCCACUUUACGAAAUUGGCUGAAGACUGUGCUGCCCGUUAAUGCGCUCAGCCGGAUGAACGUUGCCUGAUGCCUUAUCAAUAUGUUGGGGAGCGUUUAAAACGUGAAAUACAAAAACAGAAGCGGACGUUGGCGCUUUGUUUUAUUUUGUUUCUGCCUGUUCGGAAAACUCCACUCAAAUCAGAAAUGGGUGGAUUCAAUUAGGUCAGGGAGUGAGAAAGAGAGAUGGAGUGAAGCAUCCAUUUGUAAUCUAAAAGGCAAUUAAAUCGUAAGCAUUAAUGCACUAUUCUGUGAAAAACGUCUUCCUCGUCUUGUCCAGAUUGGCGGGCUUUUCAAAUUCUGAAAGAAGACGGUUGAUGAUUUGGCGCCGGUCUUUUACAACAGUUCACACACUGAGGAUUUUUUUUUCAGAUCUCCCCGCGUGUUCUCUCCGGUUUUGCGGAAAACUCGAUAUGAGGCUUUCUGCUGUCGGCGGGAGAAUUUCGACCUGAAAUGAAACUAGAACAUUUGCAUCGCAAACGUAGAACUAUUGUUGAAGUGCAGUCGAGAGCAAUAGGGAGGGCGAUUUUAAAAAUAUUAUCCAAAGCACUAAUACGCACACACGGAAUAAAUGAGUAGAAUUCGAUCAAAAAAGCCCGGUGCUGAUGUAAAAUAGUAUCUACGCAGGGAAUGGAUUUCGUGCGUUUUUUUUUUCUUUCUGUUUAUUUGUAAAGUUCGAGGAAACAAUCCUUUCAAGAUCACAAAUACAGAUGGAAGGAGGCUAGGGAAUGACUGAAAUUGUGUGAAUCAUGUCGGUAUAUUCU